AUGCUCCCCAGGAGACUCGCAUCCACCGUCUCCGUGCCCCCGACCCACAAGUCCCCCCGCAAGAUCGUCCUCGUCGGCGCAGGCUUCCUCGGGUCGUAUGUCGCCAAAGCUCUCAUAGCCGAUCCUCGUAACAGGAUCCAGAUCGUCUCUAGGCAUCCCGAGAAACGCAACCGGGCUAACUUCUGUCCAGUCCACAACCAGCUCAAAUCCCUCGGUAACCAAAUUCUCGCCCCCUCUCCUAUCGACAUCACCUCGCCCUCUUCCGUUUCUGCGCUUCGCGAGACAAUGUCUGGUGCAGCCGCUGUCGUUUCCAUGGGCGGUCUACUCACUGGUACCGAAGCGCAGAUGAAGGCGCUGCAAGAAGACGGGGUGAGGCGGGUAGCGGAAGCAGCAAAGGAAGAAGGGGUUGGGCGAGUGGUGGGGGUUAGUGCUAUUGGGGCGCACUCCAAGGGAGCUACAGCUUAUUGGCGGACAAAGGGCAAGGGCGAAGAGGCGAUCUGGGAGAAUCACCCGUCAGCCACGAUCAUACGGCCUUCCAUCCUCUUUGGUCCAGUGUUUACUUACCGUGAAAUCAUGGAGCUCGUCCUGCGUUUUAGCGGCUUGCAACGACCCAUCCUCUCCAUCCCCUAUGCUCUCGGCGCACUCCAGGGGUUCUUCCUUGAGAAACUUCCCGAAAACAUCUUUACCCUCACGCGAGAUCAAGUCACUCAGCUGCGUGAUGACAAUAUCGUGUCUCCCGUCCCACCAAUGUUUUCGCAGAGUUUUGAAGCAGUGUUGAAGGCUUUCCCGAGCUCGGCGCCUAGUAGUGCGCCGCCAGGAGAUGCGGGACUGAGGAGUGUGGAGGAGAUCCUGCCACAGUACCUGGGGCCGAAGCAGGAGAGGGAGGAAGGGAAGCGGACGCAUGGGAGGCAAAGUGCGAGUUUUGAAGAGGUGAAGAGCAUGGGUCAAAAGUAA